AUGGAAGACGUCCCCCUCGAGCACGGCUCCCCGGAGCACCUCCUCCCGCCCAGCUGGAAGACAAUGGUAACAGCCUGGCUCGCCGAAGACACGCCCUCCUUCGACUACGGCGGCUUCGUCGUCGGCGCCGCCCCGCGCACCGCGACCCUCUGGGGCAAAUCAGGCGGCAUCGUCGCCGGUCGGCCCUUUGUCGACGAGGUCUUUACGCAGUGCGGCUGCACCGUUGAGUGGCACGUCAAGGAGGGCUCUCACGUCGAGCUCCGCGGCCACGGGGACCACAACCCGAAAGGCAAGAUGCGCGUCGCGACGGUCUCGGGACCCACGCGCGGGAUCCUGUUGGGUGAGCGGGUGGCGCUGAAUACGCUUGCGCGGUGCUCUGGCGUGGCGAGCAUGACGAGGGGUAUGUUGGUGAAUUUGAGAGCGGCAGGGUAUGCUGGUGUGCUGGCGGGUACGCGCAAGACGACGCCUGGGUUCCGGUUGGUGGAGAAGUAUGGUAUGCUUGUGGGCGGUGCGGACGCGCAUAGGCAUGAUUUGAGUUCGAUGAUUAUGUUGAAGGAUAAUCAUGUGUGGAGCAAGGGGAGCAUCACGAAUGCGGUCAAGGCGGCCAAGAGCGUGGGCGGGUUCAGUCUAAAGGUGGAGGUGGAGGUGCAGAGCGAGGAGGAGGCGGACGAGGCGAUUGCGGCCGGAGCGGACGUUGUCAUGCUGGAUAACUUUACGGGCGAAGGGGUCAAGAUUGCUGCCAAGAGCUUGAAGGAGAAGUGGGCGGGGAAGAAGCAUUUCUUGGUCGAGGUCUCUGGUGGAUUGACGUUGGAGAACGUCGAGAACUAUGUGUGCAAUGAUGUUGAUAUUGUUUCGACAAGUGCCAUUCACCAAGGUGUACCGCACGUGGAUUUCUCACUCAAGGUUGAACACUAG